UCCUCCUGCCCGAUUAGCCAGCGGGCCAGAGUGGCAUCCGCCCUCGCCUCUCACCACCAUCCACCCCUCUGCCGCAGCCGCAAUGUCGGCGCCCUACAGCGCGCACCACCAGGUGCCCACCAUCGAAAAGUUCCGGCAGGAGGAGGAGGCGCGCGAGCGUGCCGCCGCCGCGAAUGACUCGCGCAUUGCGCAGAGCGCCGACGAGGAGAAGGUCGGCGGCGCAGGCGCGGCGCCGGCACUGCAGGGCGCCGACCCGACACAGCAGGGCGAGGGCCUGCGCCAGCGCCGCGGGGCCGGCGACGCGCCGGGCGUGCCGCCCAAGGACGACGGCGACAUGGCCGCCGGCCAGGCCGCCGGCGGCGGCGCGGCCGAGAAGGAGCGCCUGAAGAAGGCCGCGCAGCCGCAGGAGGGCAAGCCGACGGACUUCCAGGCCAAGGGCCGCCGCCGCGUCACCGACCCCACGACGAGCGGCGACGUCGAGAUCGAGGACCAGGUGCCGCGCGACAUUCCCGUCGACGUGCUCGAGAGCAAGAAGCCCGGCGGCUUCUCCUCCAAGCCGCCCAAGCUCGCCGAGAACUACAAGGCCUUCUUCACCGGCCCGUCGCCCGCCGAGCCGACCAACAUCCUGCUGCAGCCGUUCCCGGCGCCCAUCGACACCGACGCCUUUGCACGGCUGGAGGGCAACUUCCGCAACCUGGGCGUCGCGCUGGCCGCCGCGCUCGCCGUCGUGUGGUUCUUCACUGCCUUUGGCGCCGGCUACUUCCGCUUCGUGCUGCGCACGGGCAUCCUCGUCGGCGUGGGCAUCGGCGGUGCCUCGGCACUGGGCCUCUCGGCGCGCAAGAUCGAGAAGGACCUCGAGGCGGUGCGCGCGCAGAUGCACGAGCAGCGCGGCAAGGCUCACUCGCUGAGCGACACGCCGCUGCCGGAGAGUGUCGAGUGGCUGAAUGCGCUCAUCGCCACCGUCUGGAAGCAGAUCUCGCCCGACAUGUUCCUCGCGGCUGCGGACAUGAUAGAGGACACGAUGCAAAUGAGCCUGCCUGGAUUCAUCUCGGCGGUCAAGGUCAGCGACCUCACGCACGGCCACCCCGACUCGGCCCUGCGCCUCACGCACUUCCGCGGCCUCGCCGACAAGCCGAGCGACCCCAACUACCCUCAAGAGGAGUGGAUAGAUCAAGGGAGGCGAUCGGAGCUCAAGCCUGAGGAGAAGCCGGGUGCGAUGGCGAAGAAGGAUGACGGCAAGUCGGCCGGCGACGCUGACGGCGAUGGCGUGGCCGACGAGGACGAGUCCGGCUCGUUCCUCAACCUUGAGGUCGGCUUCGUCCUCAUGAAGCGUCCCGGUCAGAAGACCAAGGCGGCGUCGCUGAUGAUCAGCUUCUUCAUGGGCGCGUACGACCUCUUCCGCUUCCCUUUCAACGUCUGGGCCGAGAUCACGGGCCUCAGCGGCACGGCGCGCCUGCGCGUCCAGUUCGUCGAGGCUGCGCCGUACGUGCGCAACGUGACGAUCACCAUGAUGGGCGUGCCCGACGUGCACGUCAACGUCGUGCCCAUGGCACGGGCGCUGCCCAACGUGCUCGACCUGCCGCUCAUCUCCGGCUUCGUCAAGAGCUCGAUCGCGGCGGCGCUCAACGAGUACGUGGCGCCGAAGAGCAUGACGCUCAACGUCGCCGACAUGAUCUCGGGCGCGCCGCCGGGCAAGGACGUCAACGCCAUCGGCGUGCUUGUCGUGCACAUCCAGCGCGGCAUCGACCUCAGCGCGCAGGACGCCAGCGGCUCGAGCGACCCGUACGUCGUCAUUUCGCUGGCCAAGUUCGGCAAGCCGCUGUACAGCAGCCGCAUCAUCUUCGAGGACCUCAACCCCAACUGGAACGAGUACGCCUUCGUGCCGAUCACCAAGGACGACCUCGCCAACGACGAGGUGCUCUCCGUGCAGCUGUGGGACUCGGACAAGCGCACCGCCGACGACAUUGUCGGCCGCAUCUCGCGCAACGUCGGCGAGCUGACCAAGGGCGAGACGCGCAACAAGAUGGUCGAGUACCGCGACGAGCUCAAGGGCUUUGAGGACGCAGACAAGAUGCAGGGCGCGCUCAAGUGGCGCUGCGGCUUCUUCGAGAAGGCCGCGUUCAACAAGGAGCUGUACAAGAAGGCCAAGCAGGCGCGUCGCGACGCCAUGGAGGAGGCCGAGCGCAAGACCGCCGAGCAGGCCGAGGAGAUGGCCAAGAAGCAGGGCACCGAGGAGGAGAUCUCGGCGCUCAACUGCCCGCCCGAGGAGCGCUACCCGUCGGGCAUCCUCUCGGUGACCCUGCACCACUGCAUCGGCCUCGAGACGCGCGAGGUCGAGAAGGGCGUCAGCGGCAAGGAGCGCGAGCGCGGCUCGUCGGGCCAGGACGUCGAGGAGAAGGACCUCGAGCAGAACCUGCCCUCGGGCUACGCCGAGCUCGUGUACGGCGACUCGAUUGUGUACCGCACGCGUGCCAAGAUGUUCUCCAACUUCCCAAUCUGGGAGGCGCAGCACGAGGCCUUUGUGCGCGACUGGCGCUCGACGCCCGUGCGCAUCGUCGUGCGCGACAGCCGCGUGCGCGAAAACGACCCGGUGCUCGGCAUCUGCGACAUUUCGCUGCCCGACAUUCUCACCGAGUCGAGCUCGGUGACGCGCUACUUUGCGCUGCAGGACGGCGUCGGCUACGGCAAGGUGCAGGCGACGGUCUGCUGGCGCUCCAUCACGCUGCAGGACGACAUUCCCAAGUCGCUCCUCGGCGCCGACACGGCGACCGUCGAGCUGCUGAGCGCCAUCACGCUCGACGUGCAGGGCGAGCACGAGAGCCUGCGCAACGAGAAGAUCAGCGUUACCACGGGCGACGUGACGCAGAAGCUGAGCGCGGUGACGAAGCAGGAGGGCCUCGAGCUCGGCGACGACGAGCAGGACAAUGGCUUCCUCACGCGCCUGCCCGUCUACGACCGCCACUCGUCGACGCUGAGCUUCAGCUUCGGCGGCCAGGGCCUGCUCGGCGGCAAGGUCGAGGCCGUCGCCGUCGUGUCGCUGCUCGAGCUCGCGGACGGCGAGAUUGUCGAUCUCUCGGUGCCGCUGCUCGCCGGCAAGAAGCUCGGCACGCUCGCGCGCAACCACAUCGACGAGGAGACGGCCAAGACGCACGAGUUCCAGGAGAUCGGCACGCUGCACGUCAAGCUGCGCGUCGACCCGGGCCUCGACGCGGACCAUGCUGCGCUGGCCAAGGGCCAGACGCGCCGCCACGAGUUCGAGGUCUUUGACCGCCUGGUCGGCAUGCCCGAGGCGGCAGAGAAGAACGCGCACGCCGACGACGACGGCGUCAUCGACCGCAAGGAGCGCAAGGCGAUCAACGAGGCCAAGACCAAGGCACUGCACUCGCGCCACCGCGGCAGCUACGGCUACGCGCCCGUGCGCACGGGCGCGUGGGCCAAGCAGGGCAUGCGCGACAGGGUGCGCAAGCUCAGCAUGAAGCUCACGGGCAAGAAGAGCAACGAGCGCGAGGUGGCCUCGGAGGCCUAGCGACGGCAAAGACCACGACGACC